CUACCAUCCACUUAACUCUCUCAAAAUUCUAUAUAUACUUUCACUCACUUACAUGUACUAGCAACCUCUUAACUUAAAUAGUUUUGAGAAUACUCAUUUCUCCCCUUUCCCUUCGUUUUCUUCAAAUCUUUAAUUCAAGCAAUUACCUUUGAGUCACUAAUAAUGGCAUGCUUGAAACUCUCCAAAGAAGUGAAAAUGAUGAAAGGGGAAGAAAUAGAAUGCACCAAGGAUGGAACUGUUGAUCUUGAUGGAAAACCAGCAAUCAGAGAAGCAAGUGGAAAAUGGGUGGCUGGAAUUAUGAUUCUCCUGAAUCAAGCUUUAGCAACUCUAGCAUUCUUUGGAGUUGGAGUGAAUUUGGUGUUGUUCUUGACAAGAGUGCUGAAAGAAAACAAUGCUGAUGCUGCUAAUAGUGUGAGCAAAUGGACUGGCACAGUUUAUAUAUGCUCCCUUGUUGGUGCUUUUCUUAGUGACUCUUACUGGGGAAGAUUCAAAACAUGUGCCAUUUUUCAAGUCAUCUAUGUAACUGGAUUGGCAUUACUAGCACUAGCAUCACAACUCUACUUGCUCAAACCUAAAGGUUGCGGGAAUCGAACGACUCUAUGUGGAGAACAUUCAACCAUGGGCAUUGGUCUGUUCUACAUCGCUGUGUACAUGAUUGCACUAGGAUAUGGAGGUUAUCAGCCAAACAUUGCUACCUUUGGGGCUGAUCAGUUUGACGAGCAGCAUCCAGGGGAGUCUCACUCUAAAGUUGCCUUCUUCAGCUACUUCUACCUAUUCAUGAACCUCGGGUCGCUUUUCUCCAACACUAUUUUAGACUACUUUGAGGAUGAAGGAAUGUGGGCUCUUGGUUUUUGGGCAUCUGCAGCAUCUGCUUUUGCAGCAUUAUUGCUCUUUCUUGGAGGCACUGCUAGGUACAGACACUUCAAGUCUAGUGGCAACCCUCUUGCCAGGUUUGCUCAAGUUUUAGUUGCAGCAACAAAGAAGAGUAGAGUCGAGACACCAGAAACCGAAGAUGACUUCUACCAAGGGGAAGACGAUGACAACACAACUGGUGGUAGAAAAAUGCUACACACCCAUGGUUUCAAAUUCUUGGACAGAGCAGCAGUGGUGACAUCAAGGGAACUCGACAACCAGAAGCAGAGGGAUCACAACCCGUGGCAUCUCUGCCCUAUCUCACAAGUUGAGGAGGUUAAAUGCAUUUUGAGACUGCUGCCCAUUUGGCUAUGUACCAUUAUUUACUCUGUAGUUUUCACGCAAAUGGCCUCGCUCUUUGUUGAGCAAGGUGAUGCCAUGAAAACUACAAUAGCAAACUUCAGGAUUCCAGCAGCAAGCAUGUCUACCUUUGACAUCCUUAGUGUAGCAGGCGUCAUAUUUCUAAACCGCAGAGUUCUUAAUCCACUAGUCAGUAGGUUUAAGAAGUGCAAGGGUGAUCAUAUUGGGCUAACUGAACUUCAAAGGAUGGGUAUUGGACUAGUCAUAGCAGUGAUGGCUAUGCUUUCUGCAGGAAUUGUGGAGUGCUACAGGCUAAAGUAUGCGAGCAAUGACUGCAAAAACUGUGGAGGCUCGAGCUCUCUUAACAUCUUCUGGCAAGUCCCUCAAUAUGCUUUUAUAGGAGCUUCGGAAGUAUUCAUGUAUGUAGGCCAAUUGGAAUUUUUCAAUGCACAAGCACCCGAUGGACUUAAAAGCUUCGGAAGUGCACUAUGCAUGACAUCGAUAUCGUUGGGGAACUACGUGAGUAGCUUACUUGUAAGCGUAGUGAUGAAAAUAUCGGCAACAGACAAAAUGCCUGGAUGGAUACCAGGAAACCUUAACAAAGGUCAUUUAGACAGAUUCUAUUUUCUAUUAGCUGGCUUAACAUUAAUAGAUUUGGUUGCCUAUAUUGCAUGUGCUAAGUGGUACAAGAAUAUUAAGCAUAGCGAAAAGAUUCAGGAAUAUGAGGAAGAUGACAAGGUGUGAAGUCUAACGUACCUGACAUGGAUCAUAUCUUAGGGAUGUUUUGCCAAAGCCAUAUGAAUAAAAGGAAGAUAUGCAGUCACCAUAACAUUUUGUUUAGAGUUUCUGCUUCGUAUUUGGAUUUCCUCCCUCUCCAAAGCUCCAAACUCAGUCAAUCCAAAAUACUCAGCUCUGCAGAAUUCUUCAGGGAGCUGAACCCCUCUAAAUGUCUAAGUCAUCAUUUCUCCUUGUUGCUGCAUUUGUUCGCUCUGUUAUAUUAGUUCUACAAUUGACAAGCAUUUUGGAUUGAUAUGUAAAUGGAUUGGCUUUUCCUGUAUCCAAGAAACUGUUGAACAAUAUUGAUGUACCCUCAAA